AUGUGGGGUGAACAAGCUGAUGAGGCGCACCGGUUGCAAACACUCCAGGCCCUCCUGCGGCGGCUCCGUGGCUUCUACCAGAAUGAUCUGCAGCAACUGAUUCUUUCAUUGCCUCCUAACGUCCACCUUUUGGCUCGAGAUCCCCUCACAGCACAGGCUGUCGGGGAGAUGAGGAAAUUGCUGCUGCUCUUGCUGGGAAGCGCUGUCCAGUGUGAACGACGAGACGAGAUCAUUGGCCGUAUCCAGACGCUGGACAUCGGUACCCAGGCUGCCCUGGCUUCGGCCAUCCAAGAGGUGACCCAGCAGCCUGAGAACGUGUUGAGGAUGCAAUGGAAGGAACUAGGAACCACCGAGAUGGAGCAGCUCCUCCAGAACAUGAUGUCUAGGAUUCGCCAGCUGGUGCAUGAGCGAGAUGCAGGCUUGGAGAAAUUGUGGGAGCUGCAGCAAGAACGGGAAACCCCGCCAGUUCCCUUGCCCGAGAGCAAUCGUCAGCAUCUCGGAGUGCAGCUGGCCGAAAGCCGGGCCCAGGUGCGGCGUCUGCAACACGAGCUGGAAGAGAAGGUGGAGGAGCUGCUAGAUCAACAGGACGAACUGAAAAGUGUGGAGGGACAGCUUCAAAAGUUGCGGCAAGAGAACCGGGCUUUGGCCGGAGAGGCCCGCCUAGCUGGGCUGUACCGAGAUGAACUGGAUGCGUUGCGGGAGAAGGUAGUGCGGACAGAACGGCUCCAAGCCGAGCUGACAGCCCUAAGGGAACGGCUGCCUGCGUUGGAGCGCUGCCGUGCCCAGCUGAAGGAGGAGCGAGAGUUUUCCCAGGCCUUGCUGGAGACCAAAGCCAUGCUGGAGGGGCAGUUGGAGGCAGCUCGCACCCGGGGUCAGCGCCUGAACCAGCUGGAGAAAGAGACGUUGCAUCUCCAAAGGGGCUUGAACCAGGCCCAAGAGGAACGGGACCAGCUGUACCACCAGACGGAGGAGCUUCUGAGAGAGAACUUGGCUCUUGAAAGGCAGCUGAGGCGAAGCUUAAGGGAGCCUCUCGAUGCACUCCGGGCAGAAGAACUAGAAGGCGACUGGGCUCCCAAUGAACCUUCUGAAGCGCCCGUUGUGUUGAGCUACGACGUGAAGGAGGCCGGUCGGCUGCCGGCCUUGGAGUGGGAGAACCAAGAACUGCGCAAGAGAUUGCAGGAGGCGCUGGAGAACCCCAGCGAGGCUGGGAAUUUGGAACUAGAGCCAAAGGAUACGGCCCUUGACAGAGAGCUGAAAUCACCGCAAAGCCAGGAGGAACUGGAGGCAGAAGAGCAGGCCUCAGACCUUCGAGAGGGUUUGCCAGAGGCCCAGAAGCAGCAAGAGAGCCAGGCGUUGGCCUCCGGGACAAGGCACAGCCAGGCCCUUAAGCAAGAGGCUGAGGCUUUGGUGGCUGGAACGGAAGCGGCCCUGUCAGAGGCUCAAACUUCGCUGAAGGAAGCCGAGCGGCAACGGGAGGCCGAGUGCCAUCGAGCCACAAGCCUCGAAGACAGGCUGAGGUGCCUGCAGGAGGCUCAUGCCGAGGCUGUGGAGAAGCACGAGCGAGAGCGGGAGCAGUGGCGCUUGGAGACUGAGCGCCUGGUGGAAGAGGUCCAGGCUCUGGAGCGGGAGCAGGAAGCCCUGCAAUCCGGAUCUCAGGCCUUGCAGGCCGCAGCAACCCAGGCUGAGUUACAACUGGGGGAGGCCCGGCAGAGCCUCCAAGGCGAGCAGCGGCAGGGGGCCCGGCUGGCUCAGAAGGCCCGGCAGGCGGAGGAGGACUUGGGGGAGGCUCGGUGGGAGCUGGAAGCCCUGCAGCGCAGCCUGGAGCAGCACAAGGUCACCCUGGCACAGAUGGAGGCUGAGAAGAGGGCCUUGGAGGAGAUGCUGGGCCAAGCUGAGGACCGCCAGAGGCAGCUGGACAAGGAAAGCCGGCGCCUGAAGGCCCAAGCCCAAGCCCAGGAGGAGGCACUGGCGGCUCAGGGCCUCCGCCUCGUCCAGCUGGAGGCCCAAACCCGGCAGCAGGCGACGGAGCUGAGCAGCCUGCAGGAGGUCAACCAGCAUCUCCGGGAACUGGAGCAGGAGGCUGCUGGCCUGAGGGAGCAGUUUCAGGCCACGCGUGAAGCCUCAGCCACACUGGAGGAGGAGCUCCGGACAGAGAAGGGGAAGGGGAAGGAGGCAGAAGCUGCUUUGGCCCAGCUGAGGGAGCAGCUAUUGAAGAAGGAAGAGAGUUCUGAGGUAGACGUGAAAAGCAGGCGGCACAAUAACUGGGUGCUCUCCAGAAGAACAGCUGUUGUUUUCUCCCCACAGGUAAAGAGUGGCUUUGCUCUUCCACUGUUAUUAGAGGAGCCUCCCAUGACCCAGCGCACAGAGAGACAGAAGGAACCGAACUCUGACCUCCAGGCUAAUGCAAGGAGUGAGGCCCUUAGCGCAAGACUGAUUGAAGUGGAACGCAAGAAUGCCGUUCUGCAGGCUGAGAAAGCGGUGCUCACUGGACGUCUGGGCCAGCUGGAGUCGCAAGUCGGCAAUCUCCAGGAAGCCCUGCUGGGAUUGCGGGGCCAAAGCUCCAAGGCAAAGGAAGAAAGCGAAAGAUGGCAGGCCCAGAACAGCACUUUGCAGGUGGAGGCGGCAUCGCUGCGUUCCCAGCAGGUCUUGCUGGAAUCUCAGCUCUCGGAGUUGCGGCAAAGGCUGACCCUCUUGGAAACCGAAGCCCGGCGGGCCCAGCAGGAGCGGGAGGAAUGGCGGGGACGCUACGAGGCUCUCUUGCGCGACCACGACCGCCUGACAGUGCUGCACGAGCGGCAGGGAGAUGAUCUUGAAGGGCUGUUGGGUAAACACACACGCCUCAAGGGGUCUCUGCGCAGCCUGGAGCAGGAGUACCGUGAACUGCAGGGCAGGCAUGACCAGCUGUUGGGGCAGAAAACCGGACUCGAACAGCGGGAAGGAGCCCUGCAGGGGCAAAAGCAGCGUCUGGAAGAGGCUGAGCAACGUCAACAGGAACUGCUGGAGCAGCAGGGCAGCCUCAAGGAGGAGCAUGAGCGGGUGAAACAGAUGUUGGCACAGACAGAAAGGGCAAAGGAUGACCUCCAGGGAGAGCUUCAUGGAAUGCGGAACCGGAUAACGGGUCUGCAGCUGGAGCAGGCAAGGCUGGAGGCUGAGAGUGCCACCCUGAAGGAGCAGAACCAGCAGUUGGACACAGCGCUGGGGCGUCUAAGCACCCAGUGUGAACUCCUGGCCCAGUUGAAAGGGAACCAGGAGGAGGAGAACCGGCACCUUUUCCAGGAGAAUCAGGCGUUAAGCAGGGAGAACAGGCGACUGCUGGAGCACACCAUGGAGAGCCGGGAGCAUUUCCAGGAGGAGCAGCGCCAGUACCUGGAUAAACUGGGCGAGUUGCGUCGGGAGAAGCAGAAAUUGGUGGAGAAGAUCAUGGAUCAGUACCGAGUGCUGGAGCCAGCGCUCCCUCGCGGCAAGAAGAGUAACUGGAUCUCUGAGAAAAUUAGGAAGCUGAUGAAACCUCGCCGGGAGGGCCCCCGGGAACAGAUGCGCCCUAUGGCUGAAGGCGCUGGCAGCAGUGAAAGCCUAACAGGGCAGGAGGGGCUCAGGUUUGAUGGGACAGUUUUCAGCACUCCCGGUUCACCAGCCCCUCUGCGCAAAGCCAGCAGUACCCUCAGCAUCUCAGACGCCCAGCAGAUACACUUCCGCCGUCAGAGGCUGAGCUCACGCAUGCCGGCGAUGGAAUCUCCCGGGGACGGAGAAGGGCAGGACUCGCCCCGCCACCGCUUCCGUCAGCGCCGACUCGGCAUGUUGGGGGGUUCUCACGAAGAAGCUGCCAUUGCCGCAGCUGAGUGGGAAGUCCCGAGCCAGAUUUCCACAAGCAGCCAGGAGAAGAGAGGGCCACCACUGGGUGAAGAGGAGCAAACCCCAACGUGCCAGCUGUGAUGUUCUGGAAGGAGAGGGAUCUGAACUGUUGAGUCCUCCCAAUGGAAGACUUUCCUUUGCAUGGAAAGGAUGAGAAGGGGCCCUUCUCUUCUCCCCACGCCUCCCCAGCAAUGGAUGCAGAGCACGGGAUCUCGUUUGGAAGGAUGCCUGGGUGCUUUAGCAAUGGCAAGAAGAGUUCUGCUGGAAAGAGAUCAAGACCUCCCCUGCUGCUGCACAGUGUUUCCAACAGUGGCCAGCUGGACAGCACUUCCAGGAAGCUCAUGGGUCCUGCAUGAAGGUCCCCAUCAUCUGGUAAUUGCAGGCAGACUGCCUCUGAAAACAGAGGCUCCCUUAAGCUACCACAGCUGAGUCACAGCCAUGGACGCGGCUUUUCCGACAUCCUCUUUAAAAAGUGUCUAAACUCACCCCGUCACCCCCUCGUUGGGCAGCGAAUUUCCAUCAGUGAAUGGAGCUCUCCCCCU